GGGUUGAUCAAGGGAAAUUUUCACUGAUUGUUACCUACACUAACAUAAGCACAAUCCUUUGUUUACAUACAAAAUGGGCACCUUAUAUUGAUCACAAAUGCAGCUGGCACAUACUCUACCAUUCAAAAGUUUGGGAUCACUUAGAAAUGUCCUUAUUUUUUAAAUAAAAGCAGUUUUUUUCAAUGAAGAUAACAUUAAACUAAUCAUAAAUCCAGUAUAGACAUUGUUGAUGUGGUAAAUGACUAUUCUAACUGGAAACAGCUGAUUUUUAAUGGAAUAUCUACAUAGAGGUACAGAGGAACAUUUCCAGCAACCAUCACUCCUGUGUUCUAAUGCUACAUUGUGUUAGCUAAUGGUGUUGAAAGGCUAACUGAUGAUUAGAAAACCCUUGUGCAGUUAUGUUAGCACAUGAAUAAAAGUGUGAGUUUUCAUGGAAAACAUGGAAUUGACUGGGUGACCCCAAACUUUUGAAUGAUAACGAAUGUCAUUACAGUUUAGGGUUGUUGUUGUAGCUAAUAACAGUUCAAUUUCAUAAAUGUGCUCUGGCUUGUGGUCAUUAAGCACAACAGAAGUCUUUGUCAUGGUGCCCCCCCUUUCAAUGCUUUCUGGUUGCCAACCACACAACUGCAGUAUUAAACAGUAGGCUUGUUACACAAAUAACUUUUUAAAAAGCAUACAAUUAGGGUUAAUAUCAAUAAUACAUUAAUCUACAACCCUCCCCAGUAAAAAAAAAAAAAAAAAAAAAAAAAAGAAUAUCACCAUCAAAGCCUAAAAAAGUGUUUGAAAAUUACAUCUCUGUACUGGCUACAUAUAGUCACUUCAAAUUAUUGUCUUGUGUUUUGUCAGUGAUAUCUACCAGCAAAAUACUAAACCUAAGACAAUGACAAAAAAAAAAAAUCAUUUUACCACUAUAUUAAAGGGGAUCUUAUCCAAGGCCACAAAACUAUGUCACAUUGUGAGUGUGUGCUUAUAGAAGUGUCAUCCAGAGGUGUGAGUACAGGCCUGUGAACCUGCAUUUUGUCAAGUUGACAGUGAAUUAAACAGCAAGUCUGGGGCAAAUCACAGAGUUUCUGGAGGCCGGUGUGUACAGUACAGUGCUCUGUGAAGGUGACAUCUGGUUAAACAAUCAUCACUGGGGAUUAGAGGUGACAGGAGACAUGACUUUGGAAGAUAUGCGAGGCUAUACAGACAAUCAGCUCACUGUGAAAGCUAGAUGUUCUCCAUCAGUCUCAUUUAUCUGGAAAAAAGGACUUGAUCCAAAGUAAAAGCAAAGCUAGUUUUUUUUUUUUUUUUUUAACAGUUUGCUGAUCUACUGACAGCAUUCUCAGCAUAAUUUUUAUUGUGUACUUACAAGAGUAUUGUGAACAAUUCAGUCACAUUUUCCACUUGCAUCUUUACAGGAAUACACAUAUUUAUUUGCACAAGUAAUCAAAUUUGGCACAUCCCCUCCUUAUAAUUCCCAUCAAACUGAGGGAAACCAACCAGCAGCACCAAAAAAGUGAGCUCAUUCUUCAGAACAGCCAUAAUCCUCCAUCCAUCCUGCUCAUUCCUGACAAAUAAACCAUCCGAGAACAGAGAGAAUGAGUAAAAAAGUGCAGAAACCUCAAGUCAUUUCUCAUCUGUCAUCAAUAUUCACACUGGCAUCAGCAAAGCCGACCAGAUUCCCUGCUUGGACUGAAUCAAUACGCUGUCUCUGUACCUGAACGCUCGCAAAUACAUGUCGUGUAAUUGUCCAUUUGUCAAUUUUAUACCAGGCAAAUAUAAUGCAGUCACUCCAUCUUUGUCUCUGUCUUUAAGUUUUUCUCCUCCCCCCUCAUUGUUUUUCUUUCCUUUUCUGUUCCCGUCCUGCACCUUCUCUCCGAGCUGGUCCUCAGUAACAGCUUGAGCCAUGAGUCUUCUCCUGACAUCCGUUAUGCCGGAUCUUUCCGAGGAACGCUGACACGCCGUGAGUGAUGAUGAUCCUCCAGACAGGAAACCAGUAGACACAAACCUGCCUCAUUCUGCGAGAUGGAUGGAGGCCUGGACCAGAGACUAGUUAUAAAGAGCUGCACGCUUGAAUGCCACUUUUAGUCAGAAUUGAUGAAAUCUGUCCCCUUUUGAAGGAAGACGUGAUUUUCUCAUGGCGCCACAAGAGCAUCGUCCUCAGCAUCAUUAUCGCGGCUCUUCAGUGUAACAUCACUACUAUGAUGAACUUCAACAGCACUGAGUCGUGGCUCUUCAUCAACACGUCCUUCCCCCUCCUGCCUGUAGUAUCCAGUCCAGCUAACACAAGUGGGAUGGAAGCAUAUCUCCAGAGGCUGGCACAUUUAGACGAGGGUCUCUACAACGACUUCUAUGGCCUGUGGAUGGCUCUCAUGGUCAUAAACUCUCUCAUUUUCCUGGUGGGCAUGGUGCUUAAUAUAGUAGCACUUUAUGUUUUCUGUUUCCGCACCAAGCAAAAGACCACCUCUGUGAUCUACACCAUCAACCUGGCGGUGACGGACCUCCUGGUCAGUCUGUCGCUGCCGACUCGCAUCCUGCUCUACUACAGCGGAGGAACUUGUCUCACCUGCUCCUACCUGCACAUCUUCAGCUACUUCGUCAACAUGUACUGCAGCAUUUUGUUUCUAACCUGCAUAUGCGUCGACCGCUACCUCGCCAUAGUGCAGGUUGAAGCCUCCCGGCGUUGGAGGAACUCCAGUGUGGCCAAAUGUGUUUGCAUCUCUGUCUGGCUGUUUGCCAUCGUGGUCACCUACUCGUUUCUCUCCACUGCCUUCCAGCAUACAGGCUGCUGCCUCUCCAAGCUCCUCUUUCUCACCAUCACUGAGUUCUUUCUACCACUUGUCAUCAUUGUGGUCUUUACGUUGCGCAUCAUGUGGGCUUUGGCCGACCGGCGACUGAUGCAGCAGAGCAGGGAGAGGAGAAGAAGGGCUGUACAGCUGCUGACCACUGUACUGAUCAUCUUCACCGUCUGCUUCACACCUUUCCACGUCAGACAGGUGGUUGUGUACUUCUACCCUGAAAUGCCUCAUCAUGUGAUCGUUUACCACUUAACCGUCACCCUCAGCAGUUUGAACAGCUGCAUGGAUCCUGUCGUCUACUGCUUCGUCACAAAUAAUUUCCAGGCCACCAUGAGGCAUCUUUUCCGUCGAGCAGAGCCUGAGCAGACCAGCGGAGACAUCGUUAGCAUGCAGCACAGCUCCAAGGCCUCGGGAGGGAUGGCUAAUAAUGUGAUCAUGAUGACCAAGAUUCCCAGUGCGCUGCAGAGAGACAAUCACUCACUGUAAACCCGGUUUUACGAGAGCUGCAUGGAACUAAAAGUUACAGAUUCCUGACUCUGCAACAUGCUGACCAGUGACAACAGCAUCAUUGUGUAAUGGCUCAGGGUUGACACUCAGUGCUGCCAUUUUUUAAAUAAUGAGCACCAACCAACUCACAACAAGUAACUUUUACAAACUACUUGAAUAAACCACAACAUUGACAAGAGACACACUUUGUGUGCAACCAAAUUUCCUAUUGAUAGCAAGAAACAUGGCCAGUACCUGUGAUUUUUCAUUUUUCAAAAUAAAACUGAAUAGGCCUGUAAUUCCAAUUAGCACCAGAACUUUUUCAGUUUAGGACUGUAUUGGCUGUGUCUAUCUGCAUAUCUACAUCAUGGCUCCACAUGGAAAAUUAUUUCCAGAAAAAACUGAUUGUGAGACUUCACAAAGAUGUAAAAGGACACAAGAAGAUCAGUAACCAGCUAAAAAUCAGUGGAAACAGUGUCAGCAGUAAUCAGGAGGUAUAGAAGGAGCCAUAGCACCACUAAUCAGGGCUACAGUGGUCGUCUUCCUAAAAUGACACCACAGACAGUGAGCUAUUUUCACAGUCUAGCUUUGAAAAGUGCCUUCAGUUUGGCACAGCUGUUAUUAGUGGAAAUCAGAGCUUAUGUGACAGCUCAUACAGCGUGAAGGACAGUGCAUUUCGUCAGCCGAUAGUGCCCAAGAAAACAAACUCUUGCUUGCCCUUUGCCACAAAACUAGUCAGCUAAACCUUGCCAAAGAACAUAAAAAGAAGCCUGAUGAAUAUUGGGAGUCAGAUGAGAUCAAGAUACAUUUGUUGAGUCCAGCAUGUUUGGUGUGAACCUGACCAGGACUACCACAGUGAAUGCAUAGUCCUGGCAGUGAGGCACGGAAGUAGGAGUGUGAUGAUAUGGGGCUGCAUGAGUGCAUCAGCAGGACAAUACACCAUGCCAAACUGCAAAAACUACUCAGGAAUGGUUCAGGGAACAUGAUGAAGAACCCCAAGCACUGACCUGGCCUCCAUAGAAAAUCUCUGGAUAAACCAGAAUACUGCCUGACAAAGUGACUGCCAGUCUGCAGAAGCUGGAAGAAGAGGAAUAUUCCAACAUGAGAACCAUCCUAGGAACACUGAAUGUUUUGACAUAAGAUUAACUUGCAUCCUUGUAACUUACCACCAACCAUCUUACUGUAAUAUCUGGUUGAGUGUGAAUAGGAGGAAACAGUCCAAACUGAAGGAAAAAGUGAUUUUUUAUUGUCUGAACUGCAACUAAAAAUAAAGUAUGUAAUACAAUG